AUGUCUCCUGCGAUCCCACCUCCUCCGCAAACACAAGCGCUCUCGAGCAAGACGUUUAUUCCGCCUCCCUUGGAUGGUUCUCUGGCAUUACCAGAAAUAUACGACUGGCACCUCAAACAUAGUCCCAGCCAUAGGCUUUUUGUGUACACACAACAAGACGGAACACCGAGGACUAUUUACUGGCCUGAGGCGGUUCGGGCGGUUCAUGCCGGUGCAAAGUUAUUGAGAAAUCGUCUUGGAUGGAAGCCAGGCGCAAAUGAAAAGCCUGUCGUUGCCGUCUUAGCUAUAUCCGACACCAUCACCUAUUGGAUUACUCUCAUGAGCAUCAUGAAAGCCGACUACGUCGUCUUCCCCAUUUCUCCGCGCAGCUCCGCGGCAGCUGUCGCGCACUUGCUGGAAAAGGUAUCUGUGCGCCAUAUACUAGUUAGUAAAGAUCCUGCUAUGCAAGCCCUCGUGAAAGGCGCGCUGGACAUACUACAAAUGUCGGCAGAUCAUAAUAUUCUUCCCUUCAGUUUUCCCUCUCCUUCGCUUGAGGAUCUAUUCACGGACGCACCGAUAACAGACGAGGUGCCUUAUGGUCGGGGAAAACUGGACGAUGUUGUGAUGUAUAUACAUUCUUCUGGUUCCACAGCAUUCCCUAAAGCCAUACCAUUUAAUAAUCGACGAAUAAUUCAGAUGUCGUUGAUUCCUUACUUCAGUGAUCAAGACCUGACAAAUAAGGUCUUUGCGAUACAAGGCCUCCCCAUGUUUCAUCUCAUGGGAGUGCUACAGAUGAUCAUGAGCGCCUCGUCUGGCUUCGUUGUCGCAACCUUUGCGCCGCAUUCUCCGCCAGUCAUCCCUACUGCAGAUUCUAUAAUGGACAGCGCUCAGAAUACCAACUCUGAUUAUAUCUACUGCGUUCCAGCAUUCGCUGAAGCUUGGGCUCGCAAGGAUGAAUAUGUUAGAUGGCUUUCGGGACGCGGCAUUAUCUUUGGUGGCGGCAACCUAAACAAGAAUACGGGGGACUACCUUACAGCUCAUUCAGUCUCCAUUGACCAGAUUUAUGGAUCGACGGAAUGUGGGGGUGUGAAUGUCCUUUGCCCGAGUGACAGUAGGAAUGAUGACUGGGAAUACUUCAGAACGCCUAGCUAUCUUGAGGCCCAUAUGGUCCCAAAGGGAAAUAAUACCUUCGAGUUAGUUAUCUUUAGUAAUGACUGGAACACACUGGCGAUCUGUAAUACUCAAGUCAAGGGCCGAGAUGCCUACGCUACUUCAGACCUCUUGGAACCACAUCCUACGAAAGAGGGCUUCUGGCGUGUCUUUGGCCGGGUUGAUGAUCAGAUCAUGCAUAGCACAGGAGAGAAGACGAACGCAGGUCCACUAGAGGGUAUCUUGAACCAAGACCCUCACAUCGCCGGUUCUAUCAUGUUUGGUCGUGGAAGGUUUUAUGCAGGGGUGCUUGUCGAUCCUAAGCCCGAGUUCAAGAUCAAUCCCUCGGAUACAAAUCAACUUGUAGAUUUCAGGGAUAAGAUUUGGCCUACCAUUGAGAAAAUGAACAAAUUCGCUCCGAAACAGUCUCGAAUUUUCAAGGAGAUGAUUCUUGUAUCUAGCCCAUCAAAGCCAUUCACGUAUACUACAAAAAAUACAGCGCGUCGCAUCCCCGUCAUAGAGGAUUACGAGGACGAGAUACAAGCAUUGUACAGCAUGGUUGAAGACAACAUUCACGUCGACAUACCGCCUCCUUGCGAAUGGGAUGCGACUUCAUCUCUUGGUUUUGUCCGCGCCGUCGUCCGAUAUAUCCUCCGGCAGUCACUUUUCGAUGAAGACGAUCUAUUUGAAUAUGGAUGCGAUAGUUUACAAGCGACAUGGAUCCAAAACACUCUUCUUCAAGCCAUCCGUGCGACUGCUGAUCAUCGACAGACUACAGGCGUUCCAUUUGUAUACAAGUAUCCUACUAUUGGGCAACUCAGCCAAUAUAUCCAGUCCUUGGCUUUAGGCAAAAGUAUCGGUGUCGGCAUUUCCCCUUUGGAAAGUAUAGAGUCCAUGGUUGAUAAAUACACUGAUGAAUUGCUGGAACGCCGUCAUCCUACACUGACGACAUCCGGACCACAAAGUAUUGUCGUUCUUUUGACUGGGUCAACAGGUAGCCUUGGAAGCUACCUCUUGGCGGAACUUAUUAAAGAUUCUUCAAUUUCGCGUAUUUAUGCUAUCAAUCGACUAUGUGGAGGAGUCGAUACUCUUUGGCAGAAACAGAGACAGGCAUUCAUGGAGCGAGGAAUUGAUACGGCUCUCUUGAAAUCCUCCAAAAUAUUUCUGCUCGAGGGUGACCUCUCCUCUACAUGUCUCGGACUACCUGAGCUUUCGUAUAGAGAGUUGCUACGCUCUGUGACGCAUAUCAUCCACAAUGCUUGGCGCGUGGACUUUAAAGUUUCCUUGCGCUCCUUUGAAUCAAAUAUUAAAGGGCUCAGAGGGCUUGUUGAUCUUGCACUCUCUUCAAGUACGUGCGACCCUCCAGAGGUUAUUUUCAUAAGUUCCAUCGGCGUUCUACAAAAUUCCGAGAGUGACGGCCCUAUACUCGAGCGCUGUGUUGACGGGAAGAUAGCUGUCGGAAAUGGAUAUUCCGAAUCAAAAUGGGUCUCUGAAAGAAUUCUCGAGAUCGCUGGAAACAAGGCAGGACUAAUCUCUACCAUAGUACGACUUGGCCAGCUUUCGGGUGGCACGAAUGGCUGUUGGAACAAGAAUGAAUGGUUGCCAUUGAUAAUACGUAGUGCUACGGCUAUGAAAUGUCUACCUAAUGACGACAGGUCUGUAUCCUGGGUUCCGCUUGAUAUGGCUGCCCAAGUCAUCAGAGAUAUUUGUCGUUCGAAUCCCCACAAAAGGACCAGCCUGACCCGUGUCCUUCAUCUGGCGCAUCCUAAACCUACAUCAUGGGUCUCCAUUGCUUUAGCAUUAUCUGAUGCGCUCUCAGUUCCCCUUGUAUCGUACGGCGUCUGGGUCUCCAAACUCGAAAGCUGCACUGCAGCACCUGCGUACAAACUCCUCGAGUUCUUUCGGGCAUUAGGAACCAGUCAUCGUCCCAACGUCGAAGCGUUUGGGUUACCGACGCUCGAUUUAUCCAUGACUUUAUCUACUUCCUCCACCCUCUCGGAUCCGUGUUUACAGUCGCUAGGACCGACGGAUGCUAUACGAUGGUUAUCGCACUGGAACAAAGACGAAGGAAAUUGA